AUGCCGAACAUGCAGUGGAACCACGAAGCCGACGCAAAGCUCCUAGCCGCCAUCCUCAAAGUCCACAGCUUCAGCGUCAGCUACCAAGCCCUCGCCGAAGAAAUGGGCCAAGACUGCACCCCAAAAGCCGUCACGCACCGCAUCGCGAAGCUCAAGGCCAUCGCCAAGGGCAGCGGCAACACCAGCGCCAGCGCUCCCUCCACGCCGCGCAAGCCCCGCACCCCCGCCAAGAAGGGUGCCACAACGGACAGCAGCAAGAAGCGCAAGCGCGGCAGUGGCAGCGUCGUCAGUGGCAGCGUGGUCGCUAGCAUCGAGACGGAUGGCCCCGGCGGCUUUAAGGCGGCGCAGCACACGUACGAUGAGGACGACGAUGAUGACGAGGAGCUCCCGGUCGUUAAGCGCGAGAAGAGCGAUGCUGAGGGGGAGGAAGAUGCUGCUGCUGUUUAUGCGGAGCGCGUUUAUGGUGAUUACGCUGGUGAGCUCGAUAUUUAG